GCUCGGCCCACAACUAAGAAAAAGGAGUGUGCUUAGUAGUCAGAAUCAGUGGCAGCUGACGUGCUUCGUCUUCGACUCGCUACUGCGGCCGGCCGUCGUGGGCAAUCGACUGUUGUGGUGUGCAAGUCGACCAUAAUAAUAGUGAAUCCAUAGAAAGCCCUAAAUGUGAAUUUUUGCAGCGUUUGGAAAAGAGACAGAAAGGGGCGGGGGUGUUGGGGCUUGGGAGGACGGGUUGAUGGGGAUAAUCAGGAGCAGCUUCUCGUUCAUAGCGGGUACAGUUUGCGGAAUAUACAUAGCCCAGAACUAUAACGUCCCAAAUAUUAGGAAUCUUACCAACGAAUUCCUCUUUCGGGCGAAAGAAGUCGAAGAAAAGUAUCGCAAGCCCAAGAAGCCCGGCGACGGCGUUUAGUUCAAUUGCUUUUCUUUUCUUCAAUUAUGAUCCGGUCGAUUAGUUGGUUUCAUUUUGACUGAUACAAGAAACUGCAGUGGUGGAACAGGAUAUCUCAUAGUUUGGUCAUUAUUUCACUUUUUUCUGGUGGGGAGAUGGGGAGUUAAAUAUUUGCUGAAUAAGUGGUUAAAUCUUGUGAGGUGAUUGCUGCCGUUUUGGUCAGUUACUCGAUUACUGAAAAUUCUGAUUUAGUUGUUUUAUAGUCUUUCCAUAUACUUCCUGGUUCCUUGUCUGUAGUAACAUCUUUUACUCCCCUUCAGAUUACGCACCAUGAAAUGAAAGCCUUACAUGUCUAGCUUAGUUAAUCUGUUAAGGAUAACCAUGUUGCCAUAUGCUUGUCACAGAAAAAAAAUUGAUUUAUGAAAGAAAAUCGCUCUCUGAGAA